GGCACGGGUGCUGUUUCUCCAGUCUCUUUCCCCUGUCUUUGUCUCACACACUCUUUUGUUAGCCAUGCCUAGCCUGCUGGUUCUAGCAGGGAUCAUGGAGAAAAAUGGGGGCUACGGCGGGGAUCUGGCCGGCUCCGGCUUCGGAAGCGAGGGUCUCCUUGUGCCGCCCGACGAGGAGGAAGACGACUCCCGUGCCCUCAGGGUCGCGCUGGGCCAGUUGUCUCUGCUGGGGCUCGGGGAAGGCGAGGACGGCGGCGGAGCCCCGACAACAGGAGGAGUACAGGACCGGAGUAACAAUAACAACAACCACCACAACCACAACCACACCAACAGCGGCGGCGGCGGCGGGGACACGGCGAUCCUGCAAGGGAAGAGCAAGUUGUGCGCCCUGUACGAGAGCUCCUCAAGUGAGACGAAAGGACGAGGCUGCAACAUUACAGAAUGCGUCCCAGUGCCCAGCUCUGAACAUGUGGCCGAAAUAGUGGGGAGACAAGGUUGCAAGAUUAAAGCCCUGAGGGCCAAGACCAACACCUACAUCAAAACACCUGUUAGAGGAGAGGAGCCGGUGUUCCUAAUCACUGGCCGGAAGGAGGAUGUUGCUCUGGCCCGCCGUGAAAUCAUCUCUGCUGCAGAGCACUUCUCUAUGCUGCGGGCAUCCCGCAACAAACUGGGCGUUUCCUUUAGUGGCUCCCCGCCCACACCAUUGCCAGGUCAGACCACCAUCCAGGUGAGAGUGCCAUACCGUGUUGUGGGGCUGGUGGUAGGGCCUAAAGGUUCCACCAUAAAACGCAUCCAGCAGCAAACCUGCACUUACAUAGUCACUCCAAGUCGAGACCGGGACCCUGUUUUUGAAAUCACUGGGUCGCCCAGCAAUGCCGAGCGGGCACGUGAGGAAAUCGAGGCGCACAUUGCCUUCCGAACAGGAGGCCUGCACGAUCACAAUAAUGAGAAUGACUGUCUGGGACCGAAUGGUGGAAGCAGCCCAGCGGGCAGCAGCAGUGGUCUGGAGAGCCGGCUACAGCAGGUGUGGGGGCUGCAGGGGGGCCAGCGCAAGCCCCUCACCAGCAGCUACCGCCAGAACUUCUCAGAUGCCAUGGUUGGUGGGGGAGGGGGAGGAGGAAGCGAGGGAGGGGGAAUAUACAACAAGGGCAACUUCUCCAGCUCCGGAGACAAGCCAUGCUCUUAUUUUGGAUCAGAUGGUACCCAAAGCUGGGGCGACCCCGACUACCCCAAACAGGUGGCCUUCUACGCCCAGCAGCGUUCCAAGAGCUUCGGAGGCCUCCCGCUUCCCCUGACCAGACUGUCCCCGGGUUUACCCGAACCGUGCGGGGGCGGAAGCACCUCCAACUCCUCAGUCACCAGCAUUGUGCCCGUAGCCGGCUCACCUCAUGCCCAGGCCCGCCGUGCCCACAGCGAGCCCACCUCAGCCGGCGACGGUUUCCCGGGCCGUCUGCCAGUGCCGGACUCGCCGCCGGCCACCGUGCGGGACUGCAUGACCUGCUUUGAGAGCAAAGUGACGGCUGCCUUGGUGCCCUGUGGCCAUAACCUCUUCUGCAUGGAGUGUGCCAUCCGAAUCUGUGAGCUGAACCACCCGGAGUGCCCAGUGUGCCACACCCAGGUCACACAGGCAAUCCGAAUAUUCUCUUAAGGAACCACAUCAGUUUUUAUCAUUAGUUUUGUCAGUGUUUGUUCAAUAAUUAUUUACUGUUAUUCUGAUUACUAUUAUUAUAAUACACACUUUUGUUUUUCAGAAAAAUUUAAAAACAAUCAAGCAGAUAUUUUAGAAGGCACUGCUUGCUUUACUAAAAAGUAUAAGAAAUAUUUUUAAGUUUUUCUUUUAUAUAUAUAUAUAUGCAUAUAUAUUUUAUAAAAGUUUUGUUUAUAAGAGAAGUAUAGUACCUUGCAUUUUCAGUUUUUUGACUGCUGCUGUUUUUCAUUCAUGAAUCACAGUGUAGGCAGAGGUAGACAGUAAUGUGAACAUUUUAUUCUUCAAUUUUUUUUCUUUUACCAUGAAGUGGGUUAUAUAGGGAAGGAGGAUGAUGUCGAUGAUUGUUGAGGUUACCCAGUCUGCACCUGAUUGACCCCCGAAAGUCAAUGUUGCUGUUAAUACUAGAAGGAAAAAAAAAUGUCGUUGCACCUUACAAUCAUCUUGGUCUAAAAUAGGAUUGUCAAUCUUGAAAUUUCGGGAGCUGAUGUGAAGGUGAAUUUAGCCUUGUCUUUGGUUUUACUGUGAUUAUGGUUUUGAUAUAAUUGGUCCAAAGUAGAUUAUUAAUUUAACUGAAAAAGUGGAUAGAUUGGGUUGUGAUUGCAGCCUUGGAAUCUUUACGAGACAGAACAAAAAGCAUACCCUAUUUAAUUCUUAUAUUCUACUGGAGUAAAUGAUUAAAAAAGGGAUAGGACUUACAUCAUUUAUUUAUAGUAAUCUGUAAAAUUUUAUGGGUGUCAUUAUUCACAGAGAUAGAGGAAAUUAGUCUAAACUGCCAGUCAGAUUUUCUUUCCAACAGCCAUUGAUUACAUCCUGGUCAUUGCAGUUUGUUGAAAAGAUUCAGCAAAGCUUGUUCCUCGUGGCACUUGAAAAGCAUGUGGUUCCUCGGUUGGCUUAAAGCGCUGAUUUAAUUUGUGAGGCCGAAAGCCUUGGAAUUCAUCCAGUUGGCUAGUUUCUCGAUAUCCGUCCCACCACCCCACAACCUACCCCUCCCCCCCUUCCCGAUGGACUUGUUUCAAAAGCCACCUUAACCGCGCUUUAUUGUCUUUGGUGUGGUCAUUUGGCCACAGUCCCCUGAACGAUAUAGGACAAAAGAGCUCCAGUCAACAAGCAUUUUCUCUGAGGUGUUGCACUGUAAAUAAGAGCGAGAGUGAGCGCGUGGACAGAAGCCGAGUGAGUAAAACUGUUAAAAAAAAAAAAAAACAGGUUCCUGAAUCAGCAGCCGAUUAAAAUAGUUGACAGUGUAAAAUACUGGAGUCCUAAAUCAGUAAUCCCCACUCCACGUCUCCAGGACUAACAGCAUUAUGGGUGAGCACCGAGGGGCCUGCUGUCUCCCCUGUAAUUAGCUGAGCUGUACAGGAGCAGGUGUUUCAUGCUACACUGUGGCUCUGACCCCCGAGUUGGAGGUCUCGCCUAGCCCCCUUCUCCUUUCUCUUUUCUUCAGGAGUGGCUUUUAUCUCCCGUUCCCUGCCCGCUUACAGUUCGAUCGGUUUGCUUUCUGGCGGGCCUCUCCUCUCUCUGUGUUUUGCGGGGGCUGCUGCUGUAUUGUCUGGACCCCGGUGGCGGUGGAUGUGGCGGUUGUGGCGGUGGCUGCCGAAGGCUCGGACACGGCCUGGAUCUACUCAUUGAUAAUUAGGCAAAUGGGUCGGGUCCAGGUGCGGACCGUGCAUAAGCGGGGGGGGGGGGGGACCACAGGGGUCCCCAUGGUGAGCCUCUCGCUGCCCCGCCCCACUGUUACAAGCUCAGAACAGACAGAAAGAAGGGUGGGUGGGUGGUGUGGAUGUGGAUGCAGCUGGGGCGAGUAGGACCCCCUCUCCACCCCCUCCCUUUCCCCUCUCCUUUUCGGCUGCUCUGAGAUAUCUGUACCCCUGGAGAGAGGGGGCCUCUUUUGUCCCAAAAUUUGAAAGCUGUGAAAAAGACGAGGCUGACGCACAAAAUAAAUUCUCUACAGUUAUCAGCAGAUCCCUCUGUGAAACCUCUGCCAUGUAUUUUAUCCUGCAGCCUUUCCAUGACGUAGCUGUAAAAUAGAGGUCGACCAUUUUUUAAAGGCUGAAGUAAUAGUAAUUAUAAUAAUAAGCCGAUAAUUAAUUGGCCAAUAUUGGCAAAAUAAUCUCACACAGUCAGAAGCGUUUGUGAUCUUAUUAGAGAUAAAAACCUGUUGAACUGAACGUCCAAGUCAAAUAAAAGCCUAAAUGAGAUCCACCUAUUGUGGACUUUGAAAGGCCAAUAUUAGAACAACUGUUUCUAGUAGGAAAAAUGCUCGCUGAUGUAACCGAAUGUGGAAUCAGACAUCAAACUAACCAUAAAACAUAAAACAUCUGAGUGAUUGAUUUCCCUCAAAAUCCCCAUUUCCAGCUGAGAAUCCUAAUAUUACCAAACGUACACUAUCUGCACCCGAAUUCAGCCAUUACUGAUAUUUUGUAAAUCAUCCUAUUGGUGCUGAUCAAUUGGCCGAAUUGAUAUUUCAGUCCCAGUACCUUGGCAUAUUUCAGGUGCAACCCCCCCCAAGGCAGGAGUUCCCCCUGAGGUUCCUAAUAUUUGCCACAGGCUGCUAUCAGAGCCACCUUCUACUGGUACUGAUGCUCAUCAACGUCCCACUGAUGUUGGUUAAUCAGCCAAGUGAUUGGUCUGUUUUUACCGAGGACAAGUGCACCAUCUUAAAACUCCAGAAAGGCUUUUAUUUGUGUGCCAGCGCCAGUCCAGAUCGAACUUUCCACAAAGACCCUGCCUCCUCUACGCCUCCAAACCACUACUUCCCUUCUGUUCUCAUUUUGUGUCAGCUCGUUACUGUACGGGACAUCCAGCUGCUGCCCCCUUCAACCAUGGACCCCCCCCCCCCCCCCCUCCAAAACUACCCCCGGCCCCCUUCCAUCCAUCCCCACCCCAGCUUUGAGUUUCCAGAAUGAAAUCAGACAAUUGUAAUUGACAGGAAAGCAAAGGAAACGCCCCAUUUAACCAGCACUCAUGCUGAAUCAAAUUACACACCCUCUGCGUCUGCCUUAGCCCCAGCCGGGGGAUUUCAGAAAGGCUAGAGGAGGGGGGGGGGGGCAGGGAUUAAAGCUGUUGAAUGAUAGGGGAGGUAAGAAGGAGGGGGCAGUUUGGUGAGAGAAAAGAGAAUCAUGCUUUAUUAAAAAAAAAAAAGAAAAAGAAAGGGAAAAAAAAGGCAGAGAUGAGACCUGGUAGAUGUGUAAUUUUCCUUAUGGUUUGAGUGUUGACAUGGUGGUGAUGACGUGGUGGGAUGGACGGGGACCACCGGUGAUUCAGCAGGCCCCUCUUUGUGGCGCACCAGUGAAACAAUUCAACUCAGCUUCUGUCUCAAAAUGGAAUUAAUUACAAAAAGCGACACAAAAGCCUGUUUUUUUUUUUUCCUCUAACCCACUCAGAUUACGUGGAGUGCUAGGAACAGUACUGUACCCUAUCUAUGAUCUCUAGAAACAAAAGGCUAGUUUCUGUUUUGUGGAGAAAUUGCACAGGCCUGAGCUUUGGACGUCGAGUUUGGAGGCAGUUGUCCUUCAAACGAUGUUAUUUUUUAUUCUUCUUUUUUUUUUUUUUUUAAUUUUCUGCCUUAACAUUUUUUUAUCGAAAUAUUGCCAUUAAGUAGGCGUACAAGGUAGCAACUUUGGCCUUUUUUUGAUAGUAACGCCCCCUAGAUGAACUUAUUUUUGGAGAGAAGAAUGUGAAUCAAACAGUUUGGGUGGGGAUUAGUGGGGGAUUGAAGAAAAUUAGGCUCUUAAAACACUUAACGUAAAAAAAAAAAAAAAAAAAAUAGAGUAAAGCACCUUAUUAUGAAACAUGCGCAUUUGAUU